UAUUGUUUUGUAUCAUGCUUUUGUAUAUUUAUUUCUAUAAUCUUAUUAAUUAAUUUAUUUAUUUAAAGCAUACAUACAUUUUAAACAUUUUAAAAUGCAAGAUAACAGGUGCAAAACAUUAGUCACAAGACCUGUUCAUUCAAAUGAUAAAGUAAAAAUAAAAAGUCAUUGGCCCUUUUGAAAAACAAUAAUGAUAACUGAACUUUCAUUUGUCUAAGGAGAUACUGAAAAUGAUUCUUGUUAGGUCUGUUGUAGCAUGCACCUCUCAGAGUGAUGUAAUGUACUGCUGAAUGCCACUAUCUACUUAGAAACGAGAAAUGAGGAACCAGAAAAAACCACAUGAGAAACACAUAUGUAAUAUGUUUCUCACAAGUAAUGCAUCAAAGAUCUGUGCUGUAGAGCUCCAGCUCACAUUUAUAUCAGACCUGAGUCUGCAGAGAGAAGAUGGAGGAGCACAGGGUUCAUGUCAAAAGGAACAGGAGAAACUCUGGAAGUGUCUCUGAUUCACAGACUGCCACCGAACCAGGGAAAUGGAUUCUCCUGGUCUGCAUCAGCUUUGGUCUUCUGUGCAUCAUACAAGCUUCUCUCAAUGUUUAUUUACAUCUCUACCUUCCUCCAGACAUCGACAUGAGCCCAUGUGACAAUGUAACUGCUGAGAGGGACACACUUGAGAAAUUUCUUCAAACUAGUCGUCAAGACCUGUCGAAGCAAACUGAUGAGCUGCAGAAAAGCCAUUCUUCCUUCAAAGAGUGUCAGCAAUCUCUGUCCAGCUCAAGAAAUGAACUGGAGAAACAUCAGUCCUUGCUUGAAACCAGGGUCCAUGAGAUAACUGAAGAAAGAGACAAACUGAAGCUAAGACUGCAGGUGAUAGAUAACUAUGCGUCUGAAGGCUGGAUGUAUUUCCAAGGCAGUGUGUACCUGGGCUCCACCACAGCACGGAGUUGGCAGGAGAGCCGUCAGUACUGUCAGGAGAGAGGAGCAGAUCUCACCAUCAUCACAAGUGUCCAGGCGCAGACAUUUGUAGGUACAUUUCGUGGGCGCAGAUGGAUUGGACUGACUGCAAAUCAGUCUGAACCAAGAGAGUGGAGAUGGGUGGACGGAUCUCAGCUCAACACAAGUUUUUGGGCCAGUGGAGAGCCAAAUAACGAAUACAAUGAAGAGUUCUGUGCUGAAACCAACUUCAGACAUGCCUUGAACAGCUGGAAUGAUGAAAGCUGUUCUUACAGGCUUCUGUAUAUCUGUCAAAAGAAGCUGCCAUUUUAA